AUGUCUGUACCCCAGCAACAUAGCGUCACCGACCUCCGUUUCCCCACCCUUGCCAACAAUGACCGGCAGAGCUUGGCACCCAGUUCCAUGGCGGUUGGAGGCGAUAACAUGGGGCCGAACAGUAGUCGCCUCUCCGUGACAGCCGGCUGUCCGGGUUCUCAGGCGGAUAGGAAUCGCUCAGUGAGUUACUCCUCGGGCAAACAGGCAUAA